UGUGACUGACUUUACCAGGACCGUGCUGCGCACGCCCCAUGCAGGUCCCUCCCGAUCUGGCCACUGGACCCUCAUCUAGAGGCGCCUUAGCUGUGCUGCUCUGAGACCUCCCUCUGCUCUCAGCACUGAAUCCGGUUCAUUUUCACCUUCUCGGGCCAGCCUGGCCUGCUUCCCUCUCCGGUAAUCUGGGAGGAGGACUGAACUUCCCUUGUCCCUGCUGAAGACAGCUCAGAAUCAUCCCAUGCUGGUGGAGCUCAAGAAUGGAGAGACGUACAAUGGGCACCUGGUGAGCUGUGACAACUGGAUGAACAUUAACCUGCGGGAGGUGAUCUGCACGUCCAGGGAUGGGGACAAGUUCUGGCGGAUGCCUGAGUGCUACAUCCGAGGCAGCACCAUCAAGUACCUGCGCAUCCCCGACGAGAUCAUCGACAUGGUCAAGGAGGAGGUGGUGGCCAAGGGCCGCGGCCGCGGUGGCCUGCAGCAGCAGAAACAGCAGAAGGGCCGAGGCAUGGGGGGCACUGGGCGAGGUGUGUUCGGCGGCCGGGGCCGCGGCGGAAUCCCGGCCACAGGCAGAGGUCAGCCGGAAAAGAAGCCAGGCAGACAGACAGGCAAACAGUGACGCGCCCCUGUGUCCCCAGAGACUGCGCUGCCGCUGAGCAUCUGUUUCCACCGUCUAGGUCACAAGUCUGUUCAGAACGAAAAGAAGAGGCAGGUGGCGGCGGAGAGUCCCCACCUGCCACUUGUGAGCAUCCUCUUUUCUGAAAAGCCCCUUUCCUUUGUAUAGUCAGCAGUUCUACAGGUGGAAAUCUUUCAGUAUUUUUGGUUUUGUGAAGUCACGGCCACCGUGGUUCCUGGAAGAUUCUGUGUUUAAUGUGUCCUUAAAGCCCUUUCCCUUGUUUUAAGGGCAGGCAUUCUCCAAACAGCUUCGUUUUGCAUUUUAUGUUGGAUCCGUGUGUGACCAGUGAGGGAAGCUUUAUUUUAAGCUGUUUACACUGAGACUGACAGCCUUGGGAAUUUCCAGAAACAUGGACCCCAGAAUUGCCUUUUCAAAACAAAUAGGGAUGAAUGUGUUCCUCAGAAGCUGUUCCAGAGACAUCGCUGGGCCCUGCCCCUUUACCCCCUUCUCUCUCUUACAAAAAUAAAAACAUAAAACCACAAA